AUGAGUGACUUCACCGGACCCGGCACAUACACCCUUGCCCACGUCACGUUACCGAGAAACGACUUGAUGUCGAUGAGAGCGAUCCAGAUGAUUGAUCCCGUUGAUACGGGCAGGGAACGCUAUGAUCAACAGUUUCUUUUUGCCCAUCUUGGCGGUGACGAGUUCUUUUUUAUCAGUCGCAAACAUGGCACCUAUCUGACGGCUGCCAGGAACCAACAACUCACUGCGGAAGUCCUUCCUCCCGUCGACAGACGAAUUCGUUGGAAGCUUGUGCCCGUUAGGGAUGGCAGUGGAGCGUUCUUCAUUGCCAGUCUUGCCUUCCCCGGUCAUGUGAUUGAUGUCGCCUGGGGGUUCAGCGACAAUGAAAACCCCAUCAUCAUCUACCCAAGGAAGGAGGAGGACAGUGAGAAUCAGCAGUUCUAUUUGAGAGCCGUUUAG